UAUAUAUGCACUGAUUUCCUUAGUUGUGAGCAAAAGUGAAAACAAGGGAAUUUUUAGAAAGUUUUGGUUUUGAGGGAAAACUUGAAGAAUGAUCAGAAUUAUUUUCCCAUUCCUGCUUCUAUCCUGCCUUGGUUUUUCGACUUGUGACGUCUAUUCAGAGUCAGGAACAAAGAAAUGGUUCAGCUCUGGAGGUUCUGUUGUAUCAGCCAGUAAAACUACUGUAGGGGACAAUGUUCGAUUCCAGAUAGAAGUGUCUUUCGCCGAGCCUAUGGUGACUUACUGGGGAGUUGAUCAACGGGUCAUUGGAGCCAAUGAAAAGGACUUUGGUACAACAACAGAAACGUUAUCCAGCACUACUCUUUUCACUUUAGAUGCAAAAAAGCCUAUAAGCUUUGUUAUGUUCAUAAUCCUUAGCAAAAACGAAAUGGUCACAAACAUAAUGUUUGACACAGAGGGAGAUGAUGGAACAAUUAAAUUUGACAAUCCAAUGACCUGUCAGUCAUCAUUCUCUAAAAUCUCCAAUUUUGAAUAUGAUUUCUUCUACCGUUGUAAUCCUGAACUUGAUCCCAGGGAUGACUGGUAUAUGGAUAUUGGAAUGGUUGCCAGUGUUAAAAAUGAAAUUGCUGAAUUUAAGCAACUUGAAUUGAAGGAAAAUAAAUAUGUUAAUGUUACCUAUGAACGAAACUCAACAACAAAAGCAACAGUUGUGUUCUCAGAUGAAAUUUUGGAGAGAGUAGGGGAUUUCCUAUUUCUGCAGAGCUCGCUUAGUACACCUAUGAGUAAUGUAAUCAAGUCCGUAUUACAAAGGAAUUUUUAUGAUAUAAGUAAAACAAAAACAGCGAAUGAAUUCAAGUUUUUCGAACAAUUCCCACAGCCACCAUAUUUGGAAGGCGAUAUGGUGCCAGUUAACUGCGAAGCACUUGGAAGAAAUCCUCCACCCAUACAAGUGGAAAGAAAUGGUGCUGAGAUAAGUUCAUCACAGACCGCUUAUGUUUUCAAAGAUACUACUAAGUUCUGGUCCACUACAGCCGUUACUUUCCUUCGUGCAUCAAAGGAAAUAGAGGGCAACUAUUCUUGUGUUAUAGAGAAGGAUGGUAAAAAAUUUAUUUCUCCUGAGAACAUUGAAGUUAAACUAAAACCAAGAUUGCGCUGGGAUCUGACUAAGAUACUGGAAAGCAAACAAAAUCAGACUCGUGUACGUGUUGUCGUGGAAGGAGCAAUUGGUGUUGCGUUGAACUGCAAUGACAACUCCUGGUCAUGGAAUGAGAAUCCUCCUGCUCAAAAGGAAAAAAGAACAUAUAUAUCAGAAUGGAAUGAACGGUUAGAAGUUGAGUACACAUGGAGGAAGGUGAACCUUAUUCCGGAAGAAUUCAACUAUUCUUCGGAUUAUCCAUCUCUUUCUUGCACCGCAAAAGACAAAAAUGGCGACUUUACAUUCGAACACACUUUCUGGCAGUAAUUUUUAUAAAUCAUCCGUUUUUAAAGUUCAUUAGAAACGAUUCUUAACACUAUAAUUUCACUUUUUAUACGGAAAUCUAUGCAUGAUUGUGUGUUAAAUUACGUGUAUUAAUAUUUUU